CAGGAGCAGUCAGGCCUCAGCUGGCCAGAGGCUGUGCCCUGCGUGAGGUGUGUGUGCGCGCGCACGCGUCGGAGGGGGUGUGAGGCUGUGGUGCCCGGUGCAGCCCGGGUGGGGGGCAGGCUCCGGGCUCCCCUCCCCCAGCCUGCGUCUCCCCAGCAACAGCAGCCUCGGUCUGGGGCUCGGCCCCUCCCCCGCCCCACCCCGACUGCGGCUGCGAAGCGUCUGGAACCGCAUCCUCCUCCGGAGACCGCAUUCUGCCGCAGCAGCGCGUUGGAGCCGCUUGACAAGGACCACCAUCCACCAUGGUGAAGCUGGGCUUCAGCUUCGGGAAGUUCAGCAGAGACCUCGGGUACCAGGAUGGGGUUACCAUGGACAGCGUCCCUCUGAUCAGCCCCCUGGAUGUCAGCCAGCUCCAGCCACCAUUCUCUGACCAGGUGGUCAUCAAGACACAGACGGAAUAUGGACUGCCCUCCACAGAACAGCUGAAGAAGUUCCCAGACAUAGAGGCCCAGAAGCUGGCCUCCACCAACCCAGAGGAAGGACGCGGGAUGCCCCCAGCACGUAUGCUGGCCUUCGUCAUGGCGCUCAUGGGCUGCCUCCUGAUCAUGUACAAGGCCCUCUGGUACGACCAGUUCACCUGCCCGGAUGGCUUCCUGGUUCGGCAGCACAAGAUGUGCACCCCGCUGUCCCUGGAGAUGUACUACGCGGAGAUGGGCCCCGAGCGCCACCGCAGCAUCCUGGCGGCCAUGGGGGCCUACCCGCUGAGCCGCAAGCAGGGCACCGAGCCCCCCGUGGUCUGGAGGAAGAUCCAUCCCGCCUUCAAGGAGGCGCCCAAGGCGCCCACCCAGGCGGGCCCGGCGACCACCGAGGCCCCCGGGAAGCUGGCGGCGGGCGCCGAGAAGGAGGCGGAGCUGAAGGCGGAGGGGAGCGUCCCGCCCCCGGCCCCGGCCCCGCAGUGACUGCCUCCGCGCCCGAAGCCACAAAGCCCACGCCCCCCGCCCGCGGCACCCGUGACUGCCCCGCCAGAUGCUGUCCCACCACGUGGUCGUGCCCCUGUUCCCAGGACCCCCGCUGCCGCCUGCCGCCAGGAGCCUCCAACUCUGUCGCUUUUCUCUAAAUAAAGAUUCACACCCACCUGG